AUGCAACAGCCGUCCUCGAACCACGUAGUUAAUGGCCCCAACCCAAGCAUCAACCCAAGCACCCUCCAGCCCAACCUAAGUAUCAACCCAGCCCACCCCCCCAAGCCCCAGCCCCAAACCAAGCACCGCCCCAGCCCAACCCAAGCACCGCCCAGCCCCAACCCAAGCACCACCCCAGCCCCAACCCAAGCAUCAACACACCCAACCAAGCCCGCCCCAGCCCCCCAAGCACACUCCAGCCCCAACCUAGCACCACCAAGCCCUAACCCAGCACCACCCCAACCUCAAUUCAAGCACCACCUCAAUCCCAAUCCAAGCACCACCAGCCCCAACCCAAACCCAGCCCAGAGCCCCAACCCAAGCACCACCCAUCCCCAGCCCCAGCCCAGCAAUAAGCAAGCACCACUCUUAGCCCCCAAACCUAGGCACACCCAGCCCAAAGGCACCAAUCCAGCUCCAACCCAAGCAUCAACCCAGCCCCAACAUAAGCACCAACACAGCCCCAGCCCACCCCAGCCAAAACCAUAA